AUAAGCGCAGAGCUGCUGGGUGUAAAAAUAAGAAGGUGCAAAAUUGGAUCUGUCGUGUAGCGAGUGAGGAGUCGCGCUCCGUGCGCGACUCUGGCCGAACGUUCGUCGAUUCGAUGGGGCAUCGAUUCAAUGGAUAAUCGAGGCUAUUGAGGCUCAUCAUCGGUGAGUGCGAGUGUUUGGAAAAAUCGUCGCCCACCUACGAAGAUGACGCGAUGCUGCAAAUGCGCUCUCAAUCUAAAGAGCUCAGUUUACAAUCAGACGGGUCAGAGCUACAUCGAGCAGUUGGCGCUGCACAGAUCCAUGUGCGUGCACAUGCAGCGCCUGAUCCAGGCCAAGAGCGUGGUGAACGCGCGAAAUCCGCGCUACCUGCAGGAGGUGCUGCGUCGACGCAGCUGCAGCAGCAGGCCGGCCUCGAGCCUCAGGACCCACGAGAGAGCUUGCAGCAACGAGAGAUGCUGCUCGUCGGCCGUCGAAAAGAUGCCCUGUGACGACGAGGGAUGCGACGUAAUUAAAGUACACUGCCGCAACAAAAGUGCACCGCCGAGAGCGAGGGGUGGUAGUAGUAGCGCUGCAACGGAGAGCAAGUCACGACGCAGCUGCAGCGGCGAGCGUCUGCUGGUACCGGUGACUAAUAACUGCGCGCCAAAGUGUCCCUGCACGCAGCAGCAGCAGCAGCAGAGCAACCGAUCGAGAGGCAGCCACAAUAUCGCCUACCUGCCAAAGUCAAAUGUUAAAAGUCGGCCAAAGGCCGAGGGCGGCUCCAGCCCGACGACGUCUCGCUACAAUGAGCCGCAGCAGCAGCAGCAGCAGCAGCUACGCACAAAGGACUUUAAUUAUGAAAAGCGACAUUUCAACAACGACAAUUGCUGCAAGAUGGAUUAUACCAGCGGACGUAGUACUACUGGAUCGAGCAAAGCCUGGAGGCAGCAGCAGCAGCAGCAGCAUCAACAGAAAUUGUGUCUUUGUCGAAAAUGUAGCGGUGGUAACGGAGCCCGAAGAGGCCGCGAGAGGCGGCGCCGGCAACCGGACGACCACCGCGAGCUCGUCAACGAAGAGCAAGAGCGAACUUUGCGCAAGUUGCUGGAGCGCGAGGAGGAGGAGUCCUGCUACGCCAAGUUCGUUUACGACAUUACGCAAGAAAUCGUCCAGAACGGACUCUACUCGGACCAAGAGCUCAAGCAAGUUUUCGCCCGACAUCUCGAGCGAGGCAUGGCUCUGCAACUCGAUCGGAGGCGCAUGCUGUACGAGAUUUACCAGCUGAAAAUAUCGCUGCAUAUGUCUGACUCGGAAGAAGGUAGCAAAGAGGCUGACCUGGACGAGAACGAGGCCGAGGAAGAGGAGGAGUUGGAGGAGGAAGACGACGCCGAGGUGUUCGCCAUGAAGUUCGACCAGCGAGGCAGCACCGUGCCGAAACCACCGACGCCGCCGAGACAUCUCAGCGACGCGGACGACGUCGUCAAGAAGAUCGAGUCGCUGCGGCGGUCGGCCUCGCCGCGCCCGACGAUCCACGACAACAGCAACGCAACUCACGGAGGCCGGAAAAGCGUCACGUUGGUCGACGCCAAUCCCGAGCUAUUCGUCACCGAGAAGGACGUGCUCGAGAGCUUAGCCGAGAACGACGUCAGUCCCGAGCGAAUUCAAAGCAUAUACAGAAAUCUAUUUCAGCGCAGUAAGAACUUGUCACCACCUCCUGCCAACGAGGCAGCAGCAGCAGCAGCGGUGAACUCGAGCGAGAAAAAUGAGAGUCGUUUCAAGAGGCUCUGCAGAUACUGCAACGUGCUGUCGCUGUUCCACAACGCCUGCGAGAGGAAGGACAGCAGCAUGAGCGUCGUCGUCGCGCCCGCGGGAAUCCUGAGGAAGGAGUGCACGGACUUUGACGCGAAAUCGGGCAGCGAUCCGAGAGCCUCGAGCUACUACAGAUACUGCUAUUUCAAAGAGAAGCUCGACGACGCCGUGGAAAAGUGUAAUCGUUGGAAAGCCGACCAGUGCCACUGCACGGCCGGAGAGGAUUACGAAGCGGCGGCGACGACGACGACGACGCCGACGACGAGAAGAAAAGCCACGGCGACCAGCCCGCCCAAGAUUAAGGAGCAGCAGCAGCAGCAACGGAUGACGAGUGCCAAGCGAAAGAACAGCCCGGCAAAAACACCUCUCAGACAGCAGCAGCAGCAGCAGCAGCAGCAGUAUCCACGCUCCCCUACCGCUGCUACGUCAACGUUGAAGAGGGAAAAGCAGCCGAAGCAACGGCAGAAGCAGCAGCAGGAGCGACAACAGCAGCGACGCCGAUCCGCGAGCUCGACAAAAAAGCCCGAGGCUGCGAUGAUGCCGAAAAUCUUCGAGAAGACGAGGUCCGUGGCGUUCGGCAGCCAACCGACGCACGAGCAAAUUACUUCCUCGCCCGAAAGUUCCAAACGUUCGCCGAGAGUCAAGGAAACUGCCAAAGAGUCAAAGAGUCCAGUGCCAACGCCGAGGACAAUUUCUUCGGCCGAAGGCGAACGAGAGCCAGCGAAAAGAAUCGAUACCCCGAGCGAGACGAACGAAGAGAUCGAGGAAGAUAUCGACGAAGAGGAGCAGCGAGAAAAGUCCAUGAGCCCGCGACGUCGUAGCUCGAGCCCGAAGAUACACGACAAGCCCGACGACGAGACGAAGGAGGCGGCAUCGCCCUCGCCUCGCAACAUCGACAACAACAAAGACAACGAUGACGACGAUGCUCUGUCGAUAGCCAGCGCCGGCAGCAGUCUGAACUACGACUUUUCCAUCACCUCGGACAUGAGCAUCAACGACAAGUCGCCGGCCAAAGCCAAGGUGUGAGAUCAUCUACUCUCUGACACGCUCGUCAAAAUCAUAUACAAGCACGCGCACAACCCUGAGUUCCGUGUAAUAUAAAGCCCCCCGCUGCCACGUCCGCGAAGAAAGGAGAGAAGAGCGAUAAGGACGUCCAAACGAGAG